GCGUCCUCUCCAGUGGAGCACAAAGAAGCUAUCUUUUAGAAACAUGGACCUAGGAAGCCUGCCCUCUCAGAGGGCCCCUCCUCUCCCCUGUGCCCGGGCCAGGAUGGCCUCACAUGGAGGCCUGCUGCCUGCGGCUCCAGCAGGGAAAACGGCUCCGGGGCAGCAUGCCCAUUGGUGCAGUUAGGAGGAGACCCUGGUUUUGGGGUGAUGCCUGUCUGACAAGACCAUUGUGUAGCUCAGCUCUUACACUGUGCCAGCAGACAUGGUGGGAAGCGCUCCCCGCUUGGCGGCCUCUCCCUGCUUCCUGUACCACGUGUGGUCCCUGGGCUCCCGCUCCUGUGCGAGGCUUCGGCUCAACCACCAGGAGAUGUGUGGACACUGGGGCGAGCUGCUUCGGGAAUAAGGAGACGUCUGCGCAGAAGCCAGGGGUGAGGGUGAGCUACAGUGACGAUGGUUCACUUCCAGUCCCGGCGGAGGAGCGGCAGAGAGAACCUGGGUGCAGCCAGGAGGGGAGGCAGCUCCAGGGAGCACGGAGCCUCAGGUGCGGGGCCGCCGGAAGAAGUAACGGAAUAGUUCAAAGCCUCCGCCCCUCCCGCCAUGCUCCCACCCAAGCCGCCUCCCUCUCUGGGCAAAGCUGGACCGGGCAGCCGGGCUCUGGGCCGCCCUCCGCCCGCCCGCCGCCCUCCAGCCGCCCGGCCCCAGGACGCUCAGCCUGGACCAGCUCCGCCCGGCCGGCCCUGGAGCCGCCGCCGGCCGCUGCCGUUGUGUGGAUGUUCCUUUCAGCUGAUCCUGUAGCCCCCAGGAAGGUUCAAAGACCACAGAGAGACCCAGUGGAUGCCCAGGCCACUCAGAAGUUGAAACAAAAGUAAUCGCCUGAGGACACCUCUUCUGCUCAGCAACACCCUCACCCCACAGUCCCUUCAAGAAACAAAGAAGCCUAAGAAUGCCAUCUAGAUUUUUUGACAUUGGUUUUGAGAGAGAGGGAGAGAUGGGCAGACAUACAGAGAGAGAUUUGGUAUUCUGCUUAUUGAUGUAUUUAUUGGUUGAUUCUUGUAUAUGCCCUGGCGGGGAUUGAACCCGAAACCUUGGCGUAUUAGGACCACUUUCUAACCAACUGAGCCACCUGGUCUGGGCUCAUGCCAUCUAGAUUUUUCAUGAGCCAAAGAAAAGUUGUAUUCCUUCAUUUGUAUUCCUUCCUCAUUAGUAUUCAUCUGCUUGAAUUUAAAUUUAAUGCGACAUUUAUUUUUUAAAAGUCUUCCUAGUAUACAUUUGCUUAUGAAUGCACCAAUUUUUAAAAUAGGAAUUGCACAAAUGUGUUAAUAUUUUAAGGAACAGUAAUGUUCUAAGUAGAUUGAUUUUUAGCCACACACAAAGUGUGAUCUUAAGAGUGACCUAAAGAGUAUAAAGUGCUCUUGAAAUAACAGCAGUGAGAGGCAAUCCGAAGGGUAAAAUAAUGGGGGAAGUCAUAACGCAACACAGAAAUGCCACGUAUCCUGCCUGACAUCAACCAAGCAAGCACUCUUUUUAUUCAGCCAUAUGGGACACGUGAGCUAUGAUCACUGCUUCUAGCCAAGAAAUCUAGUUAGACAGAAGGACACAAACUUUCAAAAAGAUAAAUAACAACUCAGGUCAAUAGAUGGCAAGACCCAAACCCAACCCAAAACAAAUGGUUUAAACAAGGAACCCCGAGGAGAUCAGCAGAAGCAGGACAAAACUGGUCUGUUCAGGGAAGAAAGUGCCCCUAAAGAGAAAAUGAUGAAGUGAAUCUUAAAGGAUGUUAAAGAAUUAGAUAAGUGGAAAGAAAGGGGGAAAGCGUAUCUUUUAGAUAGAUGCAUUUUUGUGAGAGCAAACGCACACACAGCUGUCUCACCCCAGGUGUUGCCUACAAUUAUAAUUAUAUUUCUUUGCCAUUAAAGAAAGUGACUGGUAAUAAUAUGAAAGCUUGUGAUUAUUCUGUUAACCUAAUAAUAAUAGUAUUUAUUGUAGUCUCACUAUAUGUUAAGCAUUUUAUGUUAGCUCACUUAAGCCUCACAGCAAUUCAGCAAAAACCCAUUUUAUAGGUUAAGAAAACUGAGCCUUAAUGCGGUUAAGUGACUUGCUACAUAGCCAAUACAGAGUUCACAUCCAGAAUUGCAAUUGCAAAACUCAUAGCCGAAGGCCAUGGCUUCCAGCUGGCGUGCUGCCAGACAUGUGAACCAUGCAACAGCUGACCAGUCAGGCUGGGCAAUGCCAUCUUUCCCCCCAGGCUGUCAAGCUAGAACAAUAGUAGCUGACCAGUGUGAAUGAAUCAAAAUUAUAUCUAUGUUUUUGUCAGAUUGGCAAAAAAAUGUAAUCUAUUUUUGGUGUGUUGCAGAAUUUUACUAAUUAGUUUAUGUGUGCCAUGAGAUGAGAUUGAAAUCCCUGAUCUAAGGCCUGCAGUCGCAAUAUUGCAAUCAUUACAUUACUACUUGCUAUUAUUUUUGUUGUAAACAAAGAGCUAUUUCCUUUAAUCCCUUCAAAUUUUUCAGAUUUCUGGUUAAGUUAUACUAGAGUGAUAGAAUGUAUCUUCCUAAUAGAAAAUUGAAAUAAUUGGGGAAUAGAGCAUAUUAAUAUUUUAGGCUUUUUUCUUUCUUUCUUUCUUUCUUUUUUUUUUUUUUUUUUGCUAGACUUUGAUGAGAUUCUUCAAUUUUGUCUGCAUAGUCUCAACUUCUUGAAAAGAAAAAAAAAUGGGUUGGUAGUGAUUAAAGGUCAGUUAAUCUGUGUCCUUCCUACAGGUGAGAGAGAGGGGCUCAUGAAGGCUUCAUAUUUACGUUCCCCCAAGCUAAGCACAACGGCUUGAACCACCCACCACCCACCAAGAACCUAAACCAGUCAUGAACUUGGCCUUGAUUAGCGGAAACAUUUUAUCUCAGAGGUUUGAGAGCCUUGUACCUAGUAGAUUGUUUCAGCUUUGCACCUCUUUGGCUUCCCAGGUUAAUAUGAAAAAUAUCUAGCUGUGAACUAAUUACCAUUUUAGAUCCUGAUCCCUGGCCAGUUUUCUCAAUGGUUAGAGCAUCAGCCCUAGUGGCAGAUUCUUCAGUCCCAGUAGGGAAGCAAGUAGGAGGCAACCAAUUGAGGUAUCUCUCUCACUUCAAUGUUUCUCUCCCCCUCCUCCUACCUUUCCAAUCUCUCUAGAAAUCAAUGGAAAAAAUAUCCUUAGGAGAAGAUUAAAAACCAAUCAUAUAAUGGCCCAAGUUAUUAUGUGCAAUAUAUUCAAUGAUAUUCUUAAGGUAUUUGAAAAGUUGGUUCACCUAAACAAAUCCAAUCUUCUAACUGUUUUGUUAACCAAUUUUGUGCACAGUAUGCAUUUAUAAGUGUUUCUGCAUGAAUAUUUACAUAUGACUUUCAAUAGUCCUUCAGUUUUUAAAAGUGUCAAUGGUUAUUUGCUAUUUUAAUACUCACUUAUCUGGUAUCAAUUCAAGAAUAUUUCAGCCAUAAAAAGCUAGAAUUGAGAAAACUUCACUCUUCUUUACCAGCCCUUUUGCAUUUAAUUGGCAUUUGGUUAUGAUUAAUAAAAUGGUCAGCUGG